AUGGGAUGCAAACACUCCAAGGACGCAGCGCUCGUGCAUCGCGCCAGUAGCGUCGCAGUCCCUCUUCGACCCACCACACCGUCAUUCCACGCACAGGAGUCAAAGUUCUGGUUGUCCACCAGCGGGUCCCAAGCCAACGAGUUCCGCGAGGAAUUACCGUCCUUUGUGAUCUCAGACAGUGUCGACUUGGUCGGCAGCUCGGAUGGCGAGCCAGUGCACGGCAUGGUCAGCGCCUUCACCUUCUCCUUCAUUCACACGUCUGAAGUUGGUAGCAAUUCCAGUCUCAGUCUUAGCAGCUCUUCGGUGUCGGAAGAGCAGACGUCGCCCGGUCCACCCGAGUCGCUGACGUUCGCAAUGACCGGCGACCCGAUCGAACUCCAACCGAUUCCAGAGGAACAUUCAGGACCGAGAGACGCCGUCGAAGCGUCCACCAGCACCACAGCGGAACCAGCACACGACGUUACGCCAAGCGAGAGCGGCGUCACGGAACCCGAAGGUGAAUCGUCACCGCCUGCAGCACCAACGCAGGUUGACGAGAGCAGCGUGGUGAGUAUGUCGGCGGUGACUGAAUCGAGUGAGCUGCUGGUGAACGAGUUGGUCGCGUCCGGCCGCAGUGAAGACAGCAGCAACAAUACAGGAGACACAAGACGCACGUCGGAGUUGAGUGAAGGUGGAGAGUACAUGGUCACGGAGACGGGGGCUGUUGUCCGUCAACAGGUUACAGAUACCUCAAUCCACGACUCUAUUGAGCGUGAAUCAAUCCAAGAAGUCGCUGCGGCGAUUGUACAGGAGAUUGUAGACGACGCUGUGUCGGGCGUGACGGACAGCGAACAGCAGCCACGAGAUCGUGGAGCGCUCGUUGCACGCAGCAGCUUGCAGGUCGAACCAUCGAGCACAGGCAUCUUCUACCUCAGCGUGAAGACGCAGCCAUCGGACAACGCCCUGAUACCCACCGCAAUACCCCCGAUCUACGCCGUUGUGGGUACGUCCACCGACCAGGGCGUGGUGCUGUACCACGUGCAGCUUAAGGACGAGGUCACAGACAGCGCAAAGUGGCCAGCACCAAUACGUCGCCGCUACUCUCGAUUCAGUGAGAUGUACGCUAAGUUGAAGGAGUCCAAGCUGCCGGCUGCUGACAAACUACCACGACUGUCUCGAGCCGGCGUGGUGCACUUUGUGCGCGGUCGACAGAGCAAGAAGACCAUCGAGGAGCGUCAGAAACAGUUCACUAACGUGCUGCGCUACAUCGCCGAGCACCGAGAACUGCACGACAGCGCUGUGUUCCAGAGUUUCAUAGCCCAGUGA